CGCUUGGUGAAGGCGGGUCCUCUGUUUCAUUAUGGCCUUUUUAGUUUUCCAGCUGAAAGAUAAACAACACUGACCGAGAGCCUAGUAGCCAAAGACAAAGAUUUUAAACGCUUUUUAGAUCGUAGAACUUAAUUAAAAUUGUGUUAAUAUUAUUUAGGGGAAGACUAAAUUAGCUGACAAUGUAUGAAGACAAGAUGGCAUUCGUGAUCCUCAUAUUCAGCCUCAGCCUUGCGACACACGUUACCGCCAAACACUUCAAUCCCGAAAGAUUUCACCGCACUGCGGCCGACUCUGCGGACGGUCACUACGAGAACUCGUUCACGGUUCAGAUGCCAGAGUGCCUGGAAAAGGGGGGCGUAUGCACCUCUUCCUCCAACUGCCCCACCGACCACUACCUCAAGGCCCUCGAGCCUCUCUGCGGCGACCAGAUGUCCACCGUGUGUUGCAAACCAACCAGGCCGCUUGAGGAAAAUGUUAUUCAGGUGGAUGCCUGUAACCAGGAAGGAGCCUUUUGCACCUGGUCUUCCAUUUGUCCCCCCGAGUCCCGUUUGGACAAUCCGCUUCUGUGUGGCGACCAAGCUGAUGUCACUUGCUGCACUACGGGACUGGCCAAGAAAAGGACCGUGAAGUUCAGCAUGCGUGACAAAUUUCUUGAAGUGGAAGCUGAUAACAAGACGAGUAUCGGAGAGAAUGAGAUAAAUUUUGGCGAAGAAGGGUCAAACUUUCGCCGGAAAAAGAGCAUGCUUGGCAAGAUAGACACCUAUUUUGACAAGCAUGAUUCCACUAGUGGUGAUAGUCUCAUCGCUGACGGGUCACAAGGAUUAAUUACGAAAAGGAAAUCUCCAGCUUAUCAUCAGAAAAGGAUUAAUAAAGCAGAAUUCAUUCUGAAAAGAUCUUCUGACGCCAACACAUUGAGUCAUGAUUUCAGUUCAUCAGAAAAGCCGAAUGUUGUUGAAGAAAGCAAGGAAGUUAGGACAUCGGGGGCGCUGGGAGUGGCCAAAAGGCAGCCGAGAGGGAACUCGUGUGUCGAGGUCAGGGGAUUGUGCGUACGGAAACAGGAUUGUCCCGAGGGGGAUUUGGUGGGGGAUCAGGGGACUUGUGGGGAUGAAGGCAUCAUCGCGUGCUGCAGACUCUCGGCACACACAAUUUCAGUGGAAAACUUCCCCUACUUCGGAUACCCGAAAGAUGGGAAGAUCUCAGGCGUUGUGAUGCCAUCAUGAACUUUGAUGGGAGAUGUUGAGACAUCGACGAAAUAAUUAGUUCGUAGGACUGAUGUGCUUGAUAAAUAAUUUAAAUUUGGUUCACUAGAAAACUAUACCCUAUACAUUAAAUUGAUAUUUCCUCGCGUUUUAUUUAUUGAUACUGAAAACAUGAAUAUUCAUUCAGUAGAAAUUUUAGCAGCAAACUUAUUACAUCGUAUAUCUUUUUGAAUGAACGCUUAUAUUGAC